UCAGUUUAUUUUUAUGUUCACGUUACCACAGUGGAACCAUUCAUUGAGUUGGUGUAGAAUAAGUGCUGAGUAGAUUCAUUUAGAAACUGUAUAUGCCUAAUAAGAACUCUACUUAGUUGUGGAUAAUUCCACAUCCAACAUAAAUCGUUUUCUCCACGUUCUUCUGGUCGGGAAAGGAAGAAAGUGACACAUUGACGUCGUCGGACAACGCUCCCUGGUUUAUCAGUGGCGUGGAGCCUAGAGGCAUAUCGAAUCCCUCACAAGUAAUCUCCAGGCAAAUUCAGGCUUCCGGCAGUUCCAGAUCCGGAUACGACGAUCCAUUCAGUGAUUUAAAGUUCCUGGGCUCGAAUAAAUUGUUUGAAGUUGACCCUGGGAUAACUUCGUGUAACGCGUUAUCGGACGGUAUGUCAGUUUCGCAAACGACGGAAAACGUCAAUGACUCUGGAAACGUGCGCGAUAGUGUCGGCGACGCUAGUUCUACGCGUGGAGAACAGGUGGCACCAGAUGUAUUGGAUGAGAAUGGGUAUAGAUCUUUGGAUGUUGCCGAAUCUAUGGAAAAGGAGGAUCCUUCAUCGAAGGGUACAGAUAACCGCUGCAAGAGACACCGAAAGACUGGAGUUUUCGAAAUUGUCAAUAGCUCAACGAAAGAUAAUGAAGUAAAUGAAUCCUUAGGGCUCUCAGAAAAAAAUGAGAACAAAACCGAAUGCAACCACGAUAACCUUCUAGUACCACCAGCAAGUAGCUCUAGCUCAGCAGCAUCGGCGACCAGCGAAGACGAGUCAGAAAAACACGAAUACUUGAAAAACAAUCUCGUGCGCAGGUGCGAAAGUUCAGAUUCUGCUAUUGUACACAGCGAUGAAGAAUUCACUACUGUGCACUCUAACUGGGGUGAGAAGAAUGAGGAAAUAGACGAAUUGCCAUACAGUUAUCCAGUGUUCAGCCCAUACAGUCCCAGAAGAUCAAUAGAUCAAGAGAAUGUUCCCAGCAGAACUAUUCUCGAGUCUCAGUUUGUAGCCUUACCUCUAGAUAGAAAAGCGAGUGACGCCUUUAGCGAGAUCUCCGAUCAGUUUACUUACGAUAGCCGGAGACAGAGCUGUAUUACAGAUGAUGGUGACGAGAUCGCCAAGUACAGAUAUUGGAGAACACCAUCCGUUGUGGUCAGUGACUAUUCCGAUGAUCCCAUGGGGAUUACACUGGAAGAUAUCGAAUACAUCAGAAAUAAGCACAGAGAAAACAGUUCUUCCCCCGAUUCUAGCCUGCACAGUUCCUACAGCAACUUGAAUCUUUACGGUUCCAAUCCGGACACGUAUCAAAAGUUGUCGGAUUGUUCAACAUGUUCGUUCAGUGGCGAUGAAGAUGCUGAUUACCCCACAGAGGAACCUAUCUUUCCAGAAAAUUGGCUCAGACCUGAUCGUAACACCUCAAGAUCUCCGAGCCCCUUGUCACCGAGUCCAUCUGGGCCUCAGAGCUGGUCACCCAACUCACGACGUAGCGGUAGUCCUGUAUCCAGAAGGGGUUCAGCCUGCUCAGGAUAUGAACAGUAUCAGCGCAGCUUGCUUGAGGUGCCAAUUGUUUUGGACUAUGGGGAUACUUCAAGCGACGACUUGAGCUCCGAGUGGGAUUCGGAUGUUCCUGAGUUUACCAAGCCUUCGCCUUGGAGGAAAAUCAGGAAUUUUGUUCAAUGGACACCAUUCUUUCAAACUUACAAGAAGCAGCGGUAUCCAUGGGUGCAAUUAGCAGGUCAUCAGGGAAAUUUCAAGGCAGGUCCAGACCAAGGAACAAUUUUGAAAAAACUCUGUGUUAAAGAGGAAAAAUGUUUCAAGGUGUUAAUGGAUGAUAUCCUCAAACCCUUUGUACCAGAAUAUAAAGGUCUGGUAACCAGUGAUGAUGGGGAAUGUUCCUAUAUUCAAUUACAAGAUCUACUUAGUGAUUUUGUAUCUCCAUGUGUUAUGGACUGUAAAAUAGGGGUACGAACUUAUUUGGAAGAAGAACUUGCCAAGGCUAAGGAAAAACCCAAGUUGAGAAAAGAUAUGUAUGAAAAAAUGUGUCAAAUUGAUAACACUGCACCCACAGAGGAAGAACACAAAAUGAAGGGAGUCACAAAACCCCGAUAUAUGGUUUGGAGAGAAACUAUUUCCUCAACUGCUACUUUAGGAUUUCGAAUAGAAGGCAUAAGAAGAUCCGAUGGUACAUCUAGUAAAGACUUCAAAACAGUUAAAAGCAGAGAACAGGUCAUAAAGCAAUUCACAGAGUUCACCGAGAACUUUCCUCAUGCAGUGCCCAAAUAUAUCCAGAGACUGAAGGCGAUAAAAUCUACAUUAGAGGCAUCCCCUUUCUUCAAAACACAUGAGGUGAUUGGAAGCUCUCUCUUGUUUGUUCACGACAAAUACAAUGCAAAUGUAUGGUUGAUAGAUUUUGCAAAAACUCUUAAAUUACCUGAUGAUAUCACAAUUACCCACAAGGAUAAAUGGAAAGUAGGGAAUCACGAGGAUGGUUACUUGAUUGGUAUCGAUAACUUGAUUUCCAUUUUCAAAUCCAUUUUGGAGAAUUAUCCUGUUCCAGUUACGCCGCCACUUUCUCUGCCUGAUGCUCAUGACAUUGGAACGAGUGAGAACAAGGAAAAUACAUGAUCUGAUAGUCGUGAAAAUUGUUUUCGUUAAUUAAGCCAAACUAUUUCACCUCGAUCACUUGAAAUUCUUCACAAGGCGAUGUGAAACAUUGACUUAAUGCUGCCUUUCUCAAUUUAUGAAAAAAAAAUUACACUUUUUUCACGAUAAAACAUGUUUAAGUUUCUCAAUCGAGAGAAUUCAUAUCAUCGAUUGAAACUUAUAGGAAUAAGUUGGUUGUGAACUAUUAGGAAAUAUAUAGUUCACAGCCACCCAACUUUUAUAAGUUAAUCCCAAAGUAUUUGUUAGGCAAACCGUUCUAUCCUUAAUCACGUGAAUAUUGAUACCAAGGCGAUGUAGAACAUCGACUGAAUAAAGCCUUUCUGAAUUUAUGGAAAAAUCGCGUUUUUCAUGUCGCUUGAAUUUUUCCAAAUUUCCAUAAGCGAUAGUUACUAAGCGCUUUCGUUUUGGCGAUAUUCACCGGUACAGUUAUGGGUUUCUCGCCCCCCUCUGAAUUGUUCUCAAAGAAAACGGUUAUAAUUUGCACAUAAUCUUGCGCAGAAAAUUUGAUGACGGAUACUGAAAUGAAACCGCGAACUAAGUGUUGUCUCUUAUCAACAAAAUUGACAACACCAACAGAAUUCCGCGUAUGAAGAUGUACUACUACUUGAGAUAAUUCGAUUUUUUAGAUAAAUAUAUAGAGGAUUAUGAUUUUUCGAAAAAUAUAGGUGAAAAAUAAUAUAAAAUUUAAUAAAAUUAUUCUCGUACUGGGAGAUUGCAUUUCUAGAGUCCUCUUUUUCUUUCUCAUGGCAUUCCCUAUGUUCGGCGUUAAAGUUUCGUAAUCUGUAUUCUUAGCUGUUUUGAAAUAAUAGCAAUUGUCAUCAAUGUUCGUCCCCUUGUCAAUUGUAGAUAAUCCCAUCGGUAUAAACAUAUUUCAUUUAUGCUGACACCAAAAACAAUUACAGGUAAAGCAUAAUUAAAAAGCUUCGUUUUCUUAUUUUUAUCCGUGAGAAGUGGGAACGGGUCGGAUACUAAAGUCAGUCAAACAGGAUAGGUACUCAAAAUUGAAAAAUCGUCGAACAUUAUGUGGGAAAUGAUCGAGAACCAGCAUUUCGUAAAAAUUUCUCUGGUAGUGUCAUUGGUCAAACAUCAGAAUGUGAAUUUCGCAUCAUAUGUAUAAUCGUAUACGAGUUUCAAAUCGUAAGUUGAAUAUUAACAUAAAAAAGCGAGAAUUGUGCAUGCGAUUUAUCGAAUACAAACAACCGAAGAGAUUUCCCUUGUAAAUGAGCAUUUAAUCGAAAAAUUUUCUACAAUUAUAUUUUUCUGAUUCUGCAGGUCUAUGUAAACAUAACCAAAAUAUGUCAGUUUACGGGCUUCGCGCUCUUGAUGUACAACCCAAUGAUCUCUGAAAGACCUCUUUUAGAGUUCAUUGUGUACAAACUUCUUUUUGGCUGUAUUGAAGAGGCCUCCCCUCUUCAACACAAGGGGGGGUAGCUCGUUCUGGUCGGGGUUCAUGGCCAACUCAAAAAGAACGCUUCUGUGCUCGAGCGGCUGCCCAAACGGUCAAAACGAAAGCAAUUUGUAAAAAUUUUGAAGUUUAGAUAAAAGGUUUCAGUUCCUUAAUCAAGGAUUUAUAUCAUCAAUGAAAACUCAUUCCUAGUAGUUCCCAGCGACCUUGUUUGUACUUUUGUAUAAGUUUAUCAAGUAUUGUUCAUAUUGAACUUGCACACUUGCUGUGAAAUUUGCCCAAUACGUCUGAAUUAUGUAAGAGUUUCUGCCUGUAUUGAUUCUUCUUUUAUAUACAAUAAAUGAUAAUACUUUAUUGGUUAAAACAAUCUUGAAUUGAUGCAAAAUCUAUAUUUAAUUUGGGUAACUCGCAAAUAUAAUGAAACAAUUAAGAACCUUAGGGUACACAAAUAUUUUAUUGUCAUUGUAAAUAGACUAUUUAUUUCUAAUUUAGUUAUUUCUAACAUCCUUUGUUUUUUUUUGUUGUUUCUUGUUUUUUCAAUGCACUGAUUGAAAAUACCUAGUUUUUAUUUCGAACAUAAUUUUAGAAUGAAUAAAUGAAUUUCAGUUUA